UCACUGAGCUAUUUAAAUGCCAACACACGGUCUUACAGUCAAUAAGUUAAGGACAUCCAAGCUGAACGCACCAUGAUGGACCUUUUCGAGACCAAUACGUAUCUUUUUAACGAUUUGCGCUACCUGGAAGCGGACCAUGGAGCCCUGCAGCACCUGGACAUGCCAGAAGUUUCUCCUCUGUAUCAGGAGGACGAGAGUCCAGAGUCUCCGAGCCAAGAUGGUGGAGAGGAACAUGUUUUUGUCCCGAAGGCCUUAAAGCCGCAUUGUGAUGGUCAGUGUUUAAUCUGGGCCUGUAAAAUCUGCAAGAGGAAGUCAGGCCCGACGGACAGGCGGAAAGCGGCGACUCUGCGUGAGAGAAGGAGGCUGAAGAAGAUAAACGAAGCGUUCGACGCGCUGAAGAGGAAAACGGUCCCCAAUCCAAACCAGAGGCUUCCCAAAGUGGAGAUUUUACGCAGCGCCAUCAGUUACAUCGAAAAACUCCAGGACCUGUUGCACAACCUGGAUGAGCAGGACAGACUGUCAGAGGACGGUGUGUUUAACCAGAACCCCAGAGAACACAACGUGACUAAUGUUGAGUAUCGAUGGAAAAACACAUGGCAGGGAAACUCAGAUCAUUCCAGUGCAGAGUCGUCUCAUCAAAGAGAAGGAUGUGUAACGGAGUCCCUGGCGUCCAGCAGUCUCCGCCGUCUCUCCUCCAUCGUGGACAGCAUUUCCACUCAGGACACAAAGACGAAUGAAGGGUGAUGAAGAAAUGUUUGGAAUGCGUGAAGAAGCUCAGCUCACAUUUCCACUUUCCUUUUACUGUUCAAGUUCACUGUUCAUACAUUUAUACCGAAAAAGAUCAUUUUAUAUUUUGGGAUUUUUGGUAGUAUUCCGUGUACCUACCGCUGCACGUGAUUCCGUUCUUAUACAGAGAUUCCUGAUUAUUCAUCACUAUUUACUUGUACAGGCAUUGGAAUAUAUUAUUGCUGUUUUAAAUAUUUUGUAUUUUAUGAAUAAAGUAAAAGAUAAACAUGA